AUGUCUGUCAAAAUCGAGCCCGGUUAUUCCAUUCGCCGGAUUGGCGAUUGCAAUGAAGAUGAAACUCAAACUGCGGGUGCAAACGAGUACGUCGUCUGUUGUCCAAAGGGACACGAGCUAUCACUUCAGCAACGUUCAAGCGACUUGAACUGGCUAUGCUUAACCUCGGAGACACAAUCUUUCAAUAAAGUGUGCGCGAACUCAACUUGGGACUUGUGGUACGCGGAGGGGUUCUUGUGCUGCGAACCUGGCAUGAUCGGGUAUCUUAGUAAAGAUUCAGGUGGUGACAUCAGAAAAUCGACUUUUGGUUGCAAUACAGAUGCAUAUAUCAAGAAUAAUGGCACUAAGCUGAAUAUUGAACGCGGCACACGCUCGACUCCUGAUUGCUCCGAAUUUGAGCAGAGUCCAGCCGAAGUUGAAGGAGAAGGUAGACCAUUGGGUGAACUGAAUGACACCGCUUCUAAACGAAACGAGCUUGAGGCCGACAAAGUAUCACGACAGGAGUUGGCUGCCAGUGGCCACGCAUUCAAGAAGACGAAUGAAGUGCCGCCCUCUGAGCUAGCUUGA